AUGUCCGCCCCGUUCCGCGACUGUACUGCUUCCGAUUUCCACGUUGAAAAUUCGAUCGCCUUGCCCAAAUUGAAAGCCCCUUUGAUCCUCACAGUCCUUUUCGAUGAGUAUAUUUUCUUCAAGACAGACUUCCCACCACAAUGCAAGUCGAUAUCCUCGCAGCAAAGCGCCAUCAUUUUCUACGCACUCUUACAUUUCAAUUCAAAGUCCAUUCUAGCACUCGAGCAAAACGUUCCACAGGCUGUUUCUGGAGCAAUCGAAAAAACGUCCAUUCCUGCGCUCCUUUGGCUACCCCAGCACUGUGUCGUCAUCCUCCCACCCCCCAUGCGCACAUUUAUUUUCCUUGCCUCGCUAGGGCUCCUAGCCAGGGCAAGAAGCACAGCCAAGUUUGACUGCGGCACCGACACGGCACACGCCUCGGACGACUUCAUCAAGACGGUGGAAUCGCUGCACGGGGGCACCGCCGCCUCUGGCUCGGCCGCCUCGCGCGCCGCCCUCCUCGCCCGCGACGCCGCCCCACUCACCAUCGACAUUGUGUUCCACAUUGUGGCCAAGGAGGCGUCCAAGGCCAGCAUCACCGACGACAUGCCCAAGGCCCAACUCGACUCGCUCAACGAAUCCUACAACCCCUACGCCAUCUCCUUCAACCUCAUCAACGUCACCUGGACCACAAACGACGACUGGGCCGUCGGCGGCGGCGACCCGGACACGGCGAUGAAAAAGGCCCUCCGCCAGGGCACCUACAACACCCUCAACCUCUACUUCCAAACCGACCUCGCCGGCGGCGUCCUCGGCAAAUGCACACUCCCCUCCGCCGUCGCAAACGGCAAGUCAGACCCGACCGUCUACUGGUCCGACGGCUGCAACGUCAACGCCCACACCAUGCCCGCCGGCAGCAUGGCCGGCUACAACGGCGGCAAGACCGCCGUCCACGAAACCGGUCACUGGCUCGGUCUCCUCCAUACCUUUGAAGGCUACAGCUGCGAGGGCACCGGUGAUUACAUUGAUGAUACGCCGGCCGAGAGCUCGGCGACGGAUGGCUGUCCCCGUGACCCCGUUAAGCGGUCGUGUCCGGAGCAGCAGAAGGAGGGGGAGAGCGAUCCGAUUCAUAAUUAUAUGGAUUAUAGUAUCGAUAGCUGUUAUGAGGGGUUUUCGGACUUGCAGGUGCAGCGGAUGAGGAGUAUGUGGAGUAUGUAUCGGGAGGGGAAUUGA